GGUCCUGCGUGGCGGUGGGCGGAGCAGGAAGCGGUCGCGGGGAGGGGGCACGUCGGGAGCUGCUGCGACUCAGCGGAAAGGGGAGCAGGGCCCGGCUCGUUGGGGGGAGGCCGCUGAGAUGCCGCUAUUCGCCCCCAACCCCUUCGAGCAGGAUGUGGAAAAAGCCACAAAUGAAUACAAUACCAGUGAGGACUGGGGUCUUAUUAUGGAUAUAUGUGACAAAGUUGGAAGUACUCCUAAUGGAGCAAAAGAUUGCCUUAAAGCCAUAAUGAAAAGAGUAAAUCAUAAGGUUCCACAUGUUGCUUUGCAAGCACUAACGCUGCUAGGAGCCUGUGUGUCAAACUGUGGAAAGAUUUUUCACUUAGAAAUAUGUUCCCGUGAUUUUGCAGGUGAAGUACGUGGUAUAAUAAAUAAGGCUCAUCCUAAAGUAUGUGAAAAGCUAAAAGCUUUAAUGAUGGAGUGGUCAGAAGAAUUUCAAAAGGACCCUCAAUUUAGCUUAAUAUCUGCAACUAUUAAAUCUCUUAAAGAAGAGGGAGUAACUUUUCCUACAGCUGGAUCUCAGACUCUCACAAGUGCCACCAAGAAUGGUGCAUCAUCAAGCAAAAACAAAGAAGAUGAAGAUAUAGCUAAAGCUAUUGAAUUAUCUCUGCAAGAGCAGAAACAGCAGCAAACGGAAACUAAAUCCUUAUACCCAUCUGCAGAAAUUCAACAGAACAAUCAGAAGGUCUUAAGGAAGGUGCGAGCCCUGUAUGACUUUGAAGCUGUUGAGGACAAUGAGCUCACGUUUAAAAGUGGAGAAAUUAUCAUCGUUUUGGAUGACAGUGAUGCCAAUUGGUGGAAAGGUGAAAAUCAGAGAGGAGUAGGACUAUUCCCAUCUAACUUUGUAUCCUCUAACUUAAAUGAAGAACCUGAGACAGCUACUGUGGAUAAAGCCCCUGUUACUGAAGAUACUACAGAAGAAGUUAAGAAAGCAGAACCUGAACCUGUUUAUAUAGAUGAGGAUAAAAUGGAUAGAGCGCUGCAGGUACUUCAGAGUAUAGAUCCUACAGAUGCAAAGCCUGAUUCACCAGAUCUUCUAGACUUAGAAGACAUCUGUCAACAGAUGGGUCCUAUGAUAGAUGAAAAACUAGAAGAGAUUGAUACGAAACAUUCAGAAUUAUCUGAAUUGAAUGUCAAAGUUCUAGAGGCCUUGGAACUCUAUAAUAAACUGAUGAAUGAAGCGCCUAUGUAUUCAGCCUAUUCAAAGGUCCAUCCUCCAACACAUUAUCCACCCACAUCAGCUGGUGUUCCAGUGCAGCCAUAUUCUGUACAACCACAUGGUGGAAACUACAUGGUUCAGGGUAUGCACCAAGUCACUCUUCCCCAAGGCUACAGUCUAGGACCUGAUCAGAUGGGCCAGCUCAGGUCCCUGCCUCAAACUAUAAAUUCUUCAGGAGCAACUCAGCCUGCGCAAGCUUCAUAUUUAAGCCCUGGACCAGAUUCUGUGGCAAACUCCGGAUACAUGAACCAGAACUCUGGCCUUCAGUCAGCUACUAAUACAGCUGCUUACACCCAGCAUAUGGGAAUGUCUGUGGAUAUGUCAGCUUAUCAGAACUCUUCAUCUAAUUUGCCGCAAGGAGCAGGCUAUCCUGUGGCACUUCCACCUCAUUCAGUUGCACAGCAACAAACAAAUUACCAUCCACAGCCUCUCCUUUGAAAAUAAACCAAGCUCAUAUUCCUAAAAGCAUUCAUAAAUGUUGGUGAUCCUCAUGAUUUAAAUAGCCUGUCAUUGGUAUACAAGUACACUUUCCCUUGAUUAAAAUAAACAACCCAAUUUGCUGCAUUAUAAAGCUAAGCGAUUAUUUCAGAGUUAAAUGUAUUUCAAGUUUGACAGUUCAGAAUCGUUCUAAAGACAAGUUUGAGCUAAUGAUAUCAAAAAAGUCAUAUGAUUUCAAUCCCCACUUAAGUAGCCUCCAUCAGCUAAAACUUUCAAUCUCAUGGAGUAUCAUUCUCAAAUCUAAACUCAAAAGAGAAUCCUUUCUUUUUUUUUUUCUGGAAACCUGAAAGGGUGAUAUAAAAUCUAGUUAAGUUGCUUUAUCUGUUCUUUUUGUAGUCCUUUCCAUUCCAUUGUUUUAGAGAAUCUUUUCACUUCAGUAGUAUUUCUUCCAACAAACCCCAAUGGUUUAGACAAAUUAUAGUUCUGUUCGUUGCAUCAUAAGCAGUUCUGCUUUAUGAGAUGCAUUGCAUAAUAGAACAAUUGCAUGAUAAAACAAGUGUGAAAGGAGAGGGAGACUAUUCCUUGAUAUUAUGGCAAUGAGGACCAUGUAAAUACAACAAUAUGAAAAUUCUAGGGUUUUUUCCCCCCCAAUGUUGCCAGACUUGAUUUGGUGUUCCAAGGGGGUUUUCUGUUUCCCUUACAAGGAAUUGCGGGGCAGGGGGGGGGGUGUGUUACUAGGGAGCUUCUCUUGCUCCUUCUCCAGAAGGGGUUGCACUCCCAGCAUCUUGUGGGUAGAGGAUGCUGCAGAGUAACAGGUGCUCUGAGGUUGCAGGUUACUUAGCUGGCAAUUUUGUGAAAUCUGCCUUUAUGUUUGUUGUUUAAAUGUGGGAGACCUGUCUCAUUCCCUUUGGUUAGAGAGAGGCUCAGUAGUGCUGUUUAUCAAGGGCCUGUGGGAGUCUGCCUUGUUUGCUCCGAAAAUGGUGGAGGUGAGCUUCAGGAGCAUAAGUUACCUUACUGGACCAGAAAGCUCUCGUCUUUAGGCUUUCUUCUCACUGUCACCAUUCGCUUGUCUAAAUCAAUACAUCUGAGAAUGUAUACUUAUACCACUGUGGAUCCAAAGCAAAGGUCCUUUGUUAGUUGGACUGUUUUACUCUUUGGAUAUAAGGAAUGGAUACACUCUGAAAAUAACAAGCAUGCCUUUAAAAAAGGAGUCUCCUCAUACAUGAGGACCUGUAGCAUUCAGUGGAAAAGAAACAAGAUCUGGAGACUUUUCCUGACACUUUAAUAUUUAUGGGUGGUUUUUUUAGAGAAGAGUAAAUGAACUACAAGAGUUGGAUAAUCUUCCAAGAAUAUGGGAUUUCUUUCCUUUUAUUAUUUUAACUUCUGGAAAUUUGCACAUCACUCUCCUCCAGGUUACUUACUUGGCUUCUUAAUAUGAUUAUAUUUAUUCAUAUUUUUAAUUUUGUUAUGAAUGGCUGACAUUUAAACUGGGAAGAAUAAUGGGUUUAAAUAAGUUUUUUGAUAAAAUACCUUGGUUAAAUGCAUGGAAAUCUGAAAGCAUGUCCAUAAAUGAGUGUUUUGAUGUACAUUGUUUUCUACCAGAUGAGACCUUGUUACAUGGUAGAUCCUCCUUGUGUUCUCCCAAAAUAAAACUCACCAUCUGUUCGGUGCCACCUCCAUUUGUCUUACUUUUACUAAAUACAUUAUUUAGUAUGAUCUUGUUCAGAUGUAGCUUCAUGUUGGAACAAUAAGGUAUUCAGUACCUGGUCAUUUGAUACUCAAGUUUGUGUAACUGGAGCUGUAGUUUUUCCUCCCCAGUGUUUUAAUUCGGCAUUAUCCUUCCAGGUGAAGUGUUCAGUAUAAAUGUAAAGUGCUUCAAUAUGACACCUUUUAAAAGCAUUUUGAUGAUGUAUUCCUUGUGUUCUUUUGGUGGUGGGAAUAACCAAGAAAAUUCAUUUCAAAAGCUGCUGUGUAAAAUUCUUGCUAUUUGAAAAUUUGUAUGCAAGGAUUUAUUUUGAUCCAAAUAAUUUGAUCAAAUUAAACCCCCUUAACAUUUAUGUAGGUUUUUCUUGUUUGUCAUUGAAAUAUAAGGAAAGUUUUUUAUUGGAUUCAGAGUCUUUGAGACAGUAUAAAUAUUGCCCAAUAUCUUAAUUUGGGAUUAAUAGAGUGGGCUCUAAGUUAGAUUAAAGUAUUUGAUUAAAUUUUGUUCUUUAUAAUAGAUGAAGUAUAAAUAGUGUAUAUACCCAUUUGUGUCUGAGAUUUUAUACACAUGCAUAUAUAUACACUUACUCCUAAAAACAAAACAGAAACCCCUGACACUUGAUAGUGCGGGAUUUGGCAUCCUAUAAUCUCUUGUAAUCCAAAUCAUAGGCAUUUCUGAAAGUUGUAGAUAAUGUAAAAUAUUUGAUUAUUAAAAUUGUGUAUUUAGAGGA